AUGCUUUUACUAACCUGCCUUUGCCUCCUCAUCUUUUCAAGAGUUGUGUCCUCGGAUUAUUGUGAGUCCUACGUGGUUAUACUCGGACCGGGCCAGUCGUACCAAUCGUUCCUCGACUUUGACGAAGAACUCCCAAACGACCUCCAAAUAAAAGAACUAAUCACACUGUCGUUUGAGAUUGGUGAACUUUGCGGAUUCUGUGGGACUUUCCCUCCCGAGGUGGUGAAACGUUUGGAAUGCUGCCCCUUGGUGGAUGAGAUUACCAUAGAUGUAUUGGUCCAGGCCAUGGAUACGAAAUCGCAACCGGAUGCACCGCGGCAUCUAGCUCGUUUGAGCAGGCGCAGAAAAAUGGCAUCGAAAAAGAAAUACCCUUAUGUUUACGACGACGACACGAUUGGCAACCACGUCAGUGCCUACGUGCUCGAUUCGGGGGUCCACAUUGGCCACCCACAGUUUCAAGGACGCGCAAGAAGAGGAGAGGAUUUCACCGGUGAAAACUGCGGCGAUAAAAACGGCCAUGGCACCCACAUAGCCGGCCUUAUUGGUUCUGAGACGUAUGGCGUGGCAAAGAAGGUUCAGUUGAUCGACGUUAAAGUCUUGAAAUCAAACGGGCGAGGCCUAUUGAGCACGGUGAUUGCUGGCAUUGAGUUUGCUGUGGAUCAUCGAAGAAACAACGAUUGCUUGGGCGUGGCCAAUUUACCAUUUGCCGUUAAGGAGAAUUCAGUGUUGGACAAGUUGAUUGAGCAAGCGAUUUGGACGGGGUUGGUCAUUGUGGCUGCCGCGGGUAACUCCAACAGUGACGCAUGCGAGUGCUCUCCCGCAAGCUCCUCGCUGGCUAUAACCGUGGGCGCAAUCGACGAUUUCAACGACGUUAUCUCUAGUUUCUCAAACUGGGGGCAGUGUGUUGAUAUCUUUGCCAGUGGCUCAUACGUGAGAAGCGUUGACAUGAACAACUUGUACCGGGCACUGGUAAUGUCCGGCACGUCGAUGGCAAGUGCCAUCGUGACUGGUGUUGUUGCCUGCAUGUUGAGCGAAGGUAUACAACCUACAUAUGUCAAAGAACACCUCCUCAAGUCGUCAACGAGAAACAAGAUACCCGAAUUGAGUUAUCUACAUCGUCCGUACACUACUGACAAGAUUGCCUUUAAUGGAUUUGAAGCCAGUGUUUUCAAACUAGACACGGAGCCGUGGGACGAAUUCUCAUCAUGA